AUGUCCAAGCUAACUUUGGACGGCUUUUUUUCCUACUGCAAGCAAAUAGCAGAACACAUCCAGUUGGGAGAAAGAAUGGCGUCUCUGUCUGGGCAAAGCACUCCCAAGCUGACAUCUGGAGUUGGCAACCUUUACUAUGAUUCUAUCCUUCCCUACCGCGAGGAUGCAAGCCCACAAACGCGCGAGUUUCUUGCCAGAGUGGUGGAUGUCCUUCUCGACUACAUACAAAAAGUCAACGAUCGGAAUGAGAAGAUCCUGGAGUUUAGGAUGCCGGAGGAAAUGUACAAGAUGCUGGACCUACAGCUUCCAGAGGAUCCUCUGCCUUUAAAGCAACUGCUCGAGGAUUGCAAGAUCACUCUUAAGCAUCAAGUGAGGACUGGUCAUCCCCACUUCUUCAACCAAUUGUCAUGUGGUCUGGACAUCAUAUCCUUAGCUGGAGAGUGGUUGACUGCGGCUGCUAACACUAACAUGUUCACUUACGAGAUCGCACCAGUUUUCAUUUUGAUGGAAAACGUUGUUCUGGAGAAGAUGAGGGAGAUGAUUGGAUGGAAGAGUGGCGACUCCAUCUUAGCUCCAGGUGGAUCUGUCUCGAACCUCUACGCCUUCCUCGCGGCGCGUCACCACAAGUUCCCACAGUACAAGGAGAAGGGUCUCAGUAGCAUCCCUGGACAACUCGUCAUGUUCACUUCUGACCAGUGCCAUUAUUCGGUGAAGUCCUGCGCGUCGGUAGGUGGACUAGGGACGGACUACUGUGUUUGUGUGCCGUCAGAUGAACGUGGCCGUAUGAUCUCUGCUGAACUCGAACGGCUAGUGCGCUACCACCUGGACAGGGGCAAUGUACCAUUCUUCGUGAAUGCGACCUCAGGAACAACAGUGCUGGGCGCCUUCGACCCACUGAUGGAGAUCGCGGACAUCUGCCAGAAGUACGACAUGUGGAUGCAUGUUGAUGCGGCUUGGGGCGGCGGCCUGCUCUUCUCUAAAAAAUAUCGCCAUCCUCGCCUCACCGGAAUCGAGAGGGCUGACUCCGUGACCUGGAAUCCCCAUAAGCUUAUGGGAACUCUCCUCCAAUGCUCUACCGUUCACUUCAAAUACGAGGGUAUUCUCUUAAGCUGCAACGCCAUGUCUGCUGAAUAUCUCUUUAUGACCGACAAGAUCUAUGACCCAAGGUUUGACACCGGCGACAAAGUGAUCCAGUGCGGCCGUCACAACGAUAUCUUUAAACUGUGGUUGCAAUGGCGUGGCAAGGGAACAUCUGGCUUCGAACGCCUCAUGGACCGUCUCAUGGAACUGUCAGAGUACAUGGUCCGUCGCAUCCGAGAGCAAAGUGAUAAGUUCUACUUGAUUUUGGAACCAGAAAUGGUCAAUGUUAGCUUCUGGUACCUUCCAAAGCAACUGCGAGGCCUGCCCCAUGACAAGAACAAGGAAAUCAAACUUGGAAAGGUUUGCGCUAAACUCAAGGGCCGUAUGAUGCAAGCCGGCACCAUCAUGGUCGGAUACCAACCAGAUGAUCGCAGACCUAACUUCUUCAGAAACAUUAUCUCUUCUGCUGCAGUCAAUGAACGAGAUGUUGACUUCUUACUGUCUGAGAUAGACCGUCUCGGACACGAUAUUAUCGUAGAU